UGUUGUACAUUACAUAUUUACACUUCACCAACACAAGGAAAUAUUUAAUUCGUUUAACGAGUUGUACAUAGGUACUUUUUGCGCUAAAUAUUUCAUUGUAUAAUGUUCGAUUGGCCGUUUCUAAAAUAAAGUAAAUUAUAUACCUAUGUAUUUUAAUAGUCUAUUAAAUCUCGAGCGUUUUAUAAACGAUUAAAUUUUUAGUCAUUCGAAUUAUCACGUCAUGAUGACAAUCAUGAAAUCUGGAAACAGUGCGGUUAAGUGUACUUAACUUAUUCAUAUACGGUGGUCUGGAAUAGUACCUGGGAAGGUUAUAUGAUUCCUAUUUCCGAAAAUCAUUACAACAGUAAAUAUUUAAUCGGUUGUGGUACCUGAAAAAGCAUUCCGUAGUAUUGUUUCUCAUCUGCAGACGUGAGUUACCUAUAUUUUCUCUUUUUAUUUUUUCGCGCGAAAGUGGUGCUUAUAUUUAGAAUUCGCGAAGUUGCUUGCGAUUAUUUUGUUGAAUAUAGUUAAAGACUUAUAAUGCCGCCGAAUAACAGCGAAAGUAUUAUAAUGAAUGCAAAACCAGAAAACUCGGAAUUAGAUUUCUUGGAAGUAAGUGGACUUGUAUCGACUAAGAGCGAACCAAAAGAAGAAACUACAGAAUCUAAGAGGCAGCCCAUCAUAUGGAUAAACGUCGUAUUAAUUACACUUUUCCACCUUUUCGCCACAUAUGCGUUUUUCGCAUACAUUUUUCGUAUAAAGCUGAUAACCAUUGCUUGGGGAUUCGUCAUUGGUGGCAUCGGCGGUUUUGGUAUCACAGCCGGAGCUCAUAGAUUAUGGUCUCAUCGUUCGUACAAAGCCAAAUUACCGUUACAAUUAUUUUUACUAUACUGCUAUUCGACUGCUGGUCAGAACUCAAUUUUUGAUUGGGUUAGAGACCAUAGAGUCCAUCAUAAAUUCAGCGAAACGGACGCAGAUCCUCAUAAUUCUAAGCGUGGAUUUUUCUUUUCACACGUCGGAUGGCUUAUGCAAAAGAAGCAUCCUGAGGUGCUUCGAAAAGGAAAAAUGGUCGAUAUGAGUGAUAUUACCGGUGACCCUUUAUUAGCUUUUCACACCAAGUAUUUCAUAUAUUUCAAGUUGCUAUGUUGCUUCAUUAUUCCAGUACUCGUGCCAGUCUACGGAUGGGAUGAAUCGUGGAAAUAUGCAAUUUCUUCGCAAGCGUUCGUUCGUUACGUAUUGAAUUUGAAUUUUACUUGGUCCGUCAAUAGUGUAGCUCAUAUAUGGGGACAAAAGCCAUACGAUAAACGAAUCAUGCCAGCUGAAAAUAUUGGCGUAGCUAUUGUAGCCAUGGGCGAAGGUUGGCACAAUUAUCAUCAUGUUUUCCCCUGGGAUUAUAAAGCUGCCGAAUUGGGCGAUUAUAAAUUCAACAUUACUACCAUGUGGUUGGAUUUUUUCUCCAAAAUUGGAUGGGCUUACGAUAUGAAAACUCCCUCCAAAGAUUUAGUGCAUAAGACGAUGGCGAAACAUGGAGACGGAAGUCAUCAUAUACCAGAAGUGCCCUAUGUAGAACCAAAUGAAAAAGAAAAGUCUGAAUAAUUUACAGUUUUACGUCGUAAUACCUAUAGAUAUUACCUAUUUAUAAUUUUUUUUCCAAAAAUAUGGUUGUGUUAUAAACCGAGUUGUAUAAUGUUAUAUAUAUUUUUUUCGUCGAAUUACUAAGAUGACAAAAUUUUACUUUUAUUGUACCUAUUUUUAAUUAAUUUAUUAUUUUCUUGCGUAUUAUUUUAAAGAUUGUUGUAUUCCAUUUUUUUUUACAUAAUUGUUUUAUAUAAAGGUAUAGUACAAAUAAAUUUUUUUGUACUUUUUAUCGUA